AUGGGCAAGAAGACAGCAGGCAGCAAGACGGCCACUCCGAGGAAGGUGGACAUUUCUCCAGCUUCCCCGACGUCCCAGUCUACCUCAAAGCGACAGCGAAGCGGCGAAGACGCGGCGACCUCGACCGCGAAGAAGGUUGCGCCGCAUGCUACCACUGGUGGCGGCGGCGACGGCAGUAAGGAGGAGGAGGAGGAGCUCGUGUUCGAAGACCCGUUCGGAGAUGAGUUCGACCCGGAAGACAUCGACGCCAUGAAUGCAGAGCCGGAAGAAGAUGGCGACGACGAUGAUGGUGGCAUGGACGCAGAGACGGGAGACGCUGCAGCAAGUGGCUCCAGCACCGCCGCCACGGACGCUGAGGGAGCAGCAGCGCCACAAGAGACGAAGGUGUGGCGAGCCGGGGUGGACGAUCUGGCAGAAGGGGAUGAGCUGGAGUACGACAGCACGGCCUACCACAUGUACCAUUCGCUGAGACCGGAGUGGCCGUGCCUCAGCUUCGACGUGAUCCGAGACAGCCUGGGUGCGAACCGCUCCCGCUAUCCCCACACCGUGUUUGCCGUCGCGGGCACCCAGGCCGACCGCGCCGACAACAACCGCCUACAGGUCAUGAAGCUCUCGGAUCUUCACCGCACGGGCAGAAAAAAGCAACGCGGCGACGGCAGCGACGACGACGACGACGAGUCGUCAGACGAGGAAGGGGAGGACGAGACCGACGAUGACCCUACCCUGGACCACAUCAACAUCCCGCACCGGGGCGGGGUGAACCGCGUGCGGUCGAUGCCGCAGCGCCCGGGUGUCGUGGCCACCUGGUCGGAGACGUCGGACGUAUACGUGUGGGACCUCGAGGAGCAGGUGUCUGCCCUCGCGGCAAAAGGCGCGCCGAGAAAAUCGAAGGUGGAUCCGGCCUUCACGUUCGAUGGGCACAUGGAGGAGGGUUUUGCGUUAGACUGGUCGCCAACAGAAGAAGGACGGUUAGCGACCGGCGACUGCGGUAACAGCGUGCACGUGACCCGAACCGUCGAGGGGGGCUGGGUAACGGACCCCGUACCGUUCGUCGGGCACGUCGCAUCGGUGGAAGACCUCCAGUGGAGCCCAACGGAGACAACGGUGUUCGCCUCCGCCUCGGCGGACAAGACCGUGGCGGUCUGGGACCUCCGCAAGAAGAACGGGGCGAUGCUCAGCCUCAAGGCGCACGAGGAGGACGUAAACGUCAUCACGUGGAACCGAAACGUUACGUACCUCCUGGCUUCGGGCUCGGACGACGGAAUCUUCAAGAUCUGGGACCUCCGGGCGUUCGGGAGCGGGGAGCCCGUUGCGCAGUUCCGAUGGCAUAAGGCUCCGAUAACGUCCAUCGAGUGGCACCCAACGGAUGAGUCCAUGCUGGCGGUAUCGGGGGCAGACAACCAAUUAACGGUGUGGGAUUUGUCGGUGGAGGCGGAUGACGAAGCGGCAGCGGCAAUGGCGGGAGCUGGUGGGGGGGGGGCGGCAGGCGGGCUAAAGGAUCUACCGCCGCAGCUUCUUUUCAUCCACCAGGGACAGACGGACAUCAAGGAGCUACACUUUCACCCUCAGAUUCCAGGAGUGAUCAUGAGCACGGCGGCAGAUGGGUUCAACAUUUUCAAGCCCGCCACAACAGUCUAGGCUGACCUGUGCGUGAUUAUUUUAUUCCCCUCUCAUGCUUUCCAGAUGCCUGCUCGUGGGCCUCAAGGCCCCUGUGCUCUGCGAUACCGUUUUGUGUUGUUUUGGGUCGUAAUGGGUGCACCACUUCACGACGUCCCCCGUGGUGUAUUAUAUUGUGGCCACGUCGUGCAGACGGGUUGGCCACAUCCCGUUUGGAGUUCGUGUGUUUGGAUAAGUACUUUUGCCUUGGCACGCCUUUUGAUUCUUCAGCCCUUUGCCAAACACGGGCAAAGUUGGAGGUGCACCGCUGUGAGCCGGCAUGAAGAGCAGGGAGUCAGUGCUGCUCGCCGCCCAUUAGAGUUGCAAUUUUUUUUACUAUCGCCGAUACUUGCGGGUCAAUCUCCCUCUGUGCGGCGAGUGUUUGGUAGUGUCGGGCGACUGUAUAAAAUGUCGAAAGUGGACUUUGGGUGUUGGAUGGAAACAAGAACAUAUUUUUUACGACAAUGGUAGAUGCCGACUAAGGUGUGUUUGCGUUUUGACCUCGUGCAUCCAGAGUGUUACCUACGCAUUUCCGUGAUUGCUGUAGUUCCUCGGGGCUUUGCUUGUGGGGGGGGGGGGAUGUGUUCGCCCCGUGCUCUUGACGGAAUUUUCAUGCUGGCGAUGGGCGAUGCUCCCUCUCAAACGAGAUAUUUGUCGGCUAGAAUCGCCAAGCGAUAAACCACGCAACGUACUGGC